AUGUCUUCUGCGCUUCCAGAUAUCUUCGAAGAUGUUGACAUCACCCAAGGUGAUUUGCCUAGCGAGUGGUGGGAAAGUGGCUAUGCAUUCUGCACAUCACCCACAGAACCCGAGGGCCAGGCCGCUCGCUUCCAGUUCGUGAUCCGCAAGUGGACCCAAUUAGCCAGCGCAGCAUCAAGACAGUCAGAUUUUGAGGACAACACGUACGCACUCAACUCAAAGGUAUCCAGAACCCUGGUCGAGGAGGCGAAUGGGUUAGCUUGUCGUACAGCAACAGGCAAGCGCAAGGCAAUCGAUACCGGAAAUCCAAAUUCCAGAAAGACCACAAAGAACAGCGCAACCGUCCUCGUCACUCCAGAACCUGCCAAUGUUCCCAAGGGGAUUCUGCCGCUUGCACCACCUACUUCUCAACUCGACAAUCGACCUCUUGAUCAGUCAAACAAGCAGAACAUGUGCGAUGAGACAACAUUACCGAUCGCAGAGGCCGUUCUAUCCAAUGAGACACGCUGUAGAACCAACUCGCUUGUCCGUCUCUCACCAUCAGGAAAGGGGGACAACUGGCUGGAUAUAUGGGCGGACGUCGUGAGUGUUUUACCCAUCAACAAGAACACCGGAGACAAUCCCCGCUGGAUAUCUCUACUCACCAAGGUCCUCGGCCAUACAUUUGGUUACGACGGUGUCAACAAUGUUCUCCAUAUGGCAGAGCAAGUAUACAACAACCUUGACUUGCUGGAGCUUGACUCGACUACUUCUCUUGACGGGGCUCAAGACUCCCCUUUCCGAUCUGCUGCUGUCUGCGUGAAGAAUAUCUGGGCUAGAUCCAAAGGAGAUGCUCUGAUGACUGUGGAAGUUAUGGUCUACUAUACGGAAUUGGCCGAAAAUUUUAGUCGUCUCGAAAGAGACACCUAUCACUCAGAGACGAGCAUAGGCCAGGAUUGGCUCGAGUAUUCUCAAAACCGUACAAAGUCGCUACAAGUCCGUCAGAACUUUGUCUUCGAUCGAAUUCUUGAAUGCAUCACUCCUUCCAGCACGUCCGGACGCAAGAAAAAGGAUAAUAAAGACAACACCAGGGGCGCAAAGAAGCAGAAGAAGGACAAGACCUUUGAGGAAAUGAAGCAGGACAGAGACAGGAUUAAAUUACAAAAGGAACGUAUCAUGGCUCGCAACAUCGCUCUUAUGGUACGGCUGUUCGGUCAUGGAAUCCUGCCAUUGAUGGGCAGUUCGACAUGGAGAGAAACACUUUCACAAUACGCCGCAGCUACCGCCGAGCCGUUGCUCACAGAGUUGUUGGCAAAGUGUCCUAUACUCCGCCAAAUUUGCGACAGUGUCGACAAGAACUUCUAUCAAUAUGUCAGAAUUAGAGGCAAGAUCGUUGACCUGCCUGAGAACUGUCUGAUUGGCUGUAAUGUCAGCCUUGAGCUACGUGAAAAGUACACUUUGGCCUAUCUUCUUGCGGCGCCUGGAGAGUUGGGCGAGCAGCCUGUGGAUUUCGUGAACAAAGAAAUGCAUGUCACUCUAGAUGAGAAUGAUGAGAGAUCGAGCAAUGAGAGACCUGCCGAGGUUAGAGAGUUGCGUGGCAUUGGAGAAGAGCUGGCUCAUGACGCAUUCAACGACGAUCUUGAAGACGCUCUCGGAGAGCUAGUCGGUAACAGCUCGUGGCCUAAGGCCGUCACUGAUCGUGUCAACGACAAUGGAUGGAAAUACUUCACGCAUUCGGAGCAGUGGGGCCAUAUGCCUGCUCAGCACCCUAGAGUCGAGGCCAUCGAUGAGACCCAGCACCGCGUCACCUCGAUGUUGGCGCUCGUCUCUUUGGAGGAUCAGGACGACGACGACUCUAAGCCCAUGUUCUGA